UCAGGCCCGGAUGCAUGACUUCAUCCUUCCGCCUGGGUUUCCUUUAUGAUGUAGGGCUGUCCCCAGCGCUCGGCUCAGACGCUGGUAGAGGCUGCCCGGCUCCGCACUCGUCCGCUUGCGCGCACCAGCAGCUGCCAGCCCUGGCCGUCCGGCUCCUGCUCUCUCCCUCGCCGCCUCCCUUCCUCCGCCGGCUCCCCAGGCCGCCGCCAGCAUGUCUGAGAUCCUGCCCUACGGCGACGAGAAAGUGGCCCGCUAUGGGGCCGACUCCGAAGUCAGCGAGCUCUCCUUCAGCUGCCGCCUGCAGGACACCAACUCCUGGGGCAACCAGUCCAAGAGGCCUCCCAAGCUGGGGCAGAUUGGCCGAGCCAAGAGAGUUGUGAUCGAAGACGAUAGAAUAGACGAGGUGCUGAAGGGCAUGACAGACAAGUCGCCCGCCGGGGUAUAAAUCGGCCGCCCAGGCGCCUGCAUCCAACUGCAGACUGACCCCACUGAAUUUUUAAGCACUUUCGGCUGUGCAUGUUUGUUGGGAUUGUGAUCAACAAAAGCGGGAAAGCGAAGGAAGGAGAUGAGGCUGCUGGCAACACCCUCCACCCCCACCUCAGACCCCAAACCGAAGAGGUAAACGCGAUGGGGGCCGUCUCCCCCUCCUCUGCUCCCAACCGGGAGCACAAAGGGACGCCGAGAUCUUGUCACCGCCACCCGUCUCGCUCCUGACUCCUAUAACGCACGACGCCCAACCCAACCCGGAGUCGAAUCCGGUUCCAGAACCCUUCCAGAUGCCGCACGGGGCUCUUGCGCCUUGGGGAGCUGUCCGUUUCAGCACCACCGCCAGUCUUCGGACGCGCUUGCCCAGCUGGGGAGCUGUCCACUUCAGCACCACCGACGCGCUUUGACAACGCAGCUGACCACUGCAGCAACUUGGCCCGCGUCAACGCUGGGGGGCUGUUCAUUAUUCCCUCCCACCCCCCUCCUCCCCUCUCAUGUCCAGUCUUUAGCAGCAGUUGGAAACCCCCCCUUGUCUUGGGUGACCCCAUGCCACGACACGACGGUGCUGUUUUUUUCCGAGAGCCCUGAGCCACGGGAUCGCCCAGCGCUCUCUGUUUUUAGGUGUGUGUGGGGGUCUCCUUUAACAUUGCACUUUACACCUUUCACGAUUUCUGGGGUGGGGGGUGGCAGCUGUGGAGCUGCAUAGUCCACGAAACACACACAUACGCUUCUCUGAACAUAACCAGUUCGUUGUGUUUGCUGUCACGUCCCCCCCAUCUUUCCAGCCGACAGUCAUUCUGUUAUAUACAGUAUUCCCCCCUCCCUUCUCCUACAGCCCACCCUGAAACCCCCGAGCCGUUUGCAAAAUACCAGCAGUUUGGAAGCAAACCCAAAGCCAGCAGUGCUGAGAGGAAGACAGAGGUUCUGACGAGGAUGGACUAUAACCUAAAAGACAGUGAUUGUUUUUUGCUGUCGAGAGACAUUUUUGCGCCAUCUUUUUUGCAUGAGCUUCCUGGUCUCGGUGCCACGUCUUGGUGCCACUAGUCACCCCCACUAUGGCACGCUUCUUUUUAACAGGAACUCCUCAUAUUUGUAUUUUUAUAUCUGAAUAUUUGUUAACAACAAUCUGCUAAUGUCUAAUGUCCAAGCAUCAAAAGAUUGUUCGUAUUUUUUCUCUCUCUCUCUCCAUAAGACAGAUAGACGAGCUCUUAUAAGAUGGAUUUCCCAUGGGAAGGCAGGUAUAUUUUUAAAAAAGAUGGUUCUCUCUUAAUUAUAUAUCAGUAUUGGACAGGACUUCUUGAAUGUGUUCCAGGUUUUGCACACAUUAUCGUUAACAAGAAAUGUAUUUAAGAGUCUUAUACUGUGAUCAGUGGCUUUGUUGAUGGACUUUGUAGGAAUAUGACGAAUUUAGGAAAAAAACUAAUAAUAAUGCACUGUUUAUGAAUGUGUUCAGAUAACUUGCUGGUUAUUUGAUGCCUCUUUCUUAGGAGGAGACGUUCAGAGUUGUUUUUAAUUUUGUACUUUAAUUUAAUUUAAUUUAAUUUAUUUUUUAAAAAGAAGCUUAUUCUUGUCUGUUGUGCAUGAGAAACCAUCAUCUUUUCAAUAAUAUACAACAAUAUUUUAUGACGACAACGAAGCAAAAAAAAAUUAUAUUGUCAUGACAUUCUAAGAAUGACCCAUUGUAAAUUUUAAUGCCAUUUUUCACUGUAUUGGUGAACAAAACCCAAUUAAUAAAUACAUACAUGUACUGAAAUGGGA